AGUACUGAGUUUCAGAGUAACUCUGUGUAUUUAAUGGAGUAUUUGCAUUACAAUCUCAAGUCUGGUCCUGCCUCCCGGCAAAUUAAAAGAAAAGGAAGACGAGGUUCUCUCCUUUGUUAGAGUUGGAAAUUGGAGCACCACUUUCUACUCUUUUAUAUACCAAGUCUUGCUUCCUACUAGUUUCAGGAACAAAUAUAUGCAUAUCCCAUAAAAAAAAAAAAAAAACCUCCAGCGGGCAUUCUUUUUCAUGUAUGUACUUUCUUGUAACCUUGUUUCAAGCAGAUAAUUGCUGGAGUUUUUGAGUACUAGCCCUGGAAUUCUUGUUUAGGAGUUUCAAAGAUCUGAUCUUUCAGCCCUUAAUAGCAAAUGUUAUCUUGUUAAGCCGUUUACUUCUGUUGACUAUUUCUGCCGUGUGCUUACUCUGUUUUGCUUUGCUUGGUCCUUUAUGUUUCUGCCUCUUGAGUAAAUGCUUAUUUUUCUGAAUUUGCUUUCUUUUUGUACUUUCUUGAUGCCCUGUUGUAGCUUUGUAAUCUUUAUUAGAUGUUGUUGAAUUCUCUUUCGUGGGGAGAGAGAGAGAGAGAGAAACAUGUACAAAAAAGGUUUUGAAUUUGGCUGCACAUAGAAAUGGUCCUCUGUUUUCUCAUCUGCAACGUAAACAUGCAUGUUAUUGCAUAAACAAAUGCUAUUUGUCUGAUGGGCGUUUCUGAAAACUGGAAUAUAGGUUCUCCUAACAAAAAGAGUUGGGAAUCGAGCUUUUAGAUUCAGCUAUCGACCAACUGGAUGUAGUAUAAUGGUUUCCUGGAAACUUUGAUUCUAAAGGGUGUUUAGUUGGUUGAAGGAUGGUUCUUAAUGCCAUAACUAUUACUCCAUUUAGUUUUAUUGGUUCAAUCCAAAUUUUGAUUCUUGAGGGUCUUUAGUCUUUCUAAAGAUGGUUCUUGAUGCCAUAUCGAGUCCUCCUUUUGCUGAUGUCCUAUCUCAGACCAUAGAGGGCAUCAUCGAGGUAGUACACACAUCCAGAUAUGUUCUCAUUGAGAACAAGAGUUUUGCUCAACUUUCAUCUUACUUAGAUCGGCUAAUUCCCCUCCUUAAGGAGUUGAAUCAGAAGGAUGCCAGAGAUUCUGAAGCAUUGAAAAUUUUGAUUGAGGUUCUUAACCGUGAGACAAAGCUUGCACAGGAACUGAUUACCGAGUGCAGCGAAAAAAACAAAUUUUAUCUCCUAAUGAACUGCCGUUUGAUAGCUAAGAGGAUGCAAAAUAUUACUAGGGAGAUAGGCCAAGCAUUGUGCUGCAUUCCCUUGGCCUCUCUUGAUAUCUCAUCAGGAAUUGAGGCAGAGAUUACUCAACUAGUCAACAGUAUGCAUGCUGCAGAGUUUAGGGCUGCCGUAGUUGAAGAAAAGAUUUUGGAGAGAAUUGAGUUGGGUAUACAGGAAAGGAAUGUGGACCGCUCAUAUGCCAAUAAUUUAUUGGUUUCCAUAGCAGAGGCCAUUGGAAUUUCAACAGAACAAGCUGUAUUGAAGAAGGAAUUUGAGGAAUUUAAAAAGGAGAUAGAAAAUGAAAGGUUGAGGAAAGAUCAUGCUGAAGCCAUGCAGAUGGAACAAAUAAUUGCUCUAUUAGAAAGGGCAGAUGCUGCAAGUACUCGUGAGGACAAAGAAAAGAAGUACUUCACAAUAAGGAAAUCCUUAGCUAGUCAUCCAUUUGAACCUCUCGAGGCAUUUUGUUGCCCAAUUACAAAAGAGGUAAUGAAAGAUCCGGUAGAGACUCCUUCUGGACAUACAUUUGAGAGGAGUGCAAUAGAGAAGUGGUUGGCUGAAAAAAAUUUCUGUCCCCUAACCUCAACUCCUUUAGACACCUCAAUGUUGCGGCCUAACAAAACUUUGAGACAGUCCAUUGAGGAAUGGAGAGAUAGAAAUACCAUGAUCACUAUAGCCUCUAUGAAAUCAAGACUGUCAUCAGAAGAGGAAGGUGAGGUGCUUGAUUGCCUGCAAGAGCUAAAGGACCUCUGUGAAAAAAGAGAAAUACAUCGGGAAUGGGUUGUACUGGAGGACCAUAUACCAAUGCUUGUUAAGCUUCUCAGUGCAAAAAGUCGAGAGAUCAUAAGUCGUUCUCUUCUCGUCCUUCAUAUCCUGGCAAAGGAUAGUGAUGAAUGUAAGGUUGGAUAUAUUGUACAGAACGUUAUACAUGGAUUCCAAUGGAAUGUUAUGCAGGAAAGUAUAGUUAAAGUUGACAAUGCAAUGGAAUCUAUUGUUCGCUCCCUUGGACGUCGUAUUGGGGUAGGGAAGUUGGCCGUGGGAUUACUACUAGAACUGGCAAAGAGCGAGUCAAUACGUGACUGCAUUGGAGAGGUGCAGGGCUGCAUAUUUUAUUUGGUGAAUCUGACAAGAAGUGAUGACAAUCAAGCUUCCAGAGAUGCAAGGGAUGUGUUAAAAAAUCUGUCAUUCUCUGAUGACAAUGUUAUACAAAUGGUCAAGGCUAAUUAUUUCAAGUAUCUGCUGCAACGUCUUUCUUCAGGAUCAGAUGAUGUCAAGAUGAGAAUGGCAGAAACUCUUGGAGAGAUGGAGUUUACUGAUCAUAACAAAUCAUCUCUGUUUGAGGAAGGUGUUUUGGAUUCGCUACUUAACUUGGUUUCACAUGGUAAUCUUGAAAUGAAAAUGGUAGCCGUUAAAGCCAUUUUGAACCUCUCGAGCUUAACAAAGAAUGGCCAGGAGAUGAUAAGACAAGGUGCAGUACGUCCACUGCUUGAUAUUCUUUAUUGUCACACAUCCCAUCGAAACUUGUGUGAACUUGUAGCUGAAACUAUCGUGCAUCUUGCUCUAUCAACUGUACGUCAAGAUUCUUCAGAAAUGGAGCUUUCCUUAUUGGAAUCCAACAAGGAUAUCCGCCAAUUGUUUUCCUUGAUUAACUUGACAUGGCCUGCUGUACAACAGAGACUUCUCCAGGCCUUUUACACCAUUUGCCAGUCUCCAUCGGCAACUACAGUCCAGGAACUGCUGAACGAGUGCUGUGCUGUGCAAAUACUUGUUCAAUUGUGUGAGCUCGAUAAUCAUGAAGUGCGGGUGAACGUGGUUAAGCUAUUAUGUUGCCUGAUCGAAAAAUGUAAUGAAGCUACAAUUACUGAGCACGUGGGGCAGAAGACAGUUCAAACCUUGCUUAGAAUCAUUGAGGAUUCUGAGAAUGAAGAAGAAGUUGCUUCUGCAUUGGGUAUUAUAGCUAACCUUCCCAUGUCUACCCUGGUGUCUGAUUGGCUGUUGGAGGGAGAUGGUCUUCGUAUAAUGUUAAGAUUCCUUCGUAGCAAAAAGCCAAAUGGUCCCUGCAAGGAUCAAUUAAUAGAGAAUGCUGUGGGAGCCUUGUGUCAUUUCACUGUUCCAGCAAAUAGGAUGUCACAGCAGAAAGCAGCUGAAGCUGAUGUCAUUCCGCUGUUGGUACAGUUGCUGGAGUCAGGAACCAGCUUGACAAAAAGACGAGCUGCCAUUUCUCUUUCACAACUUUCUGAGAGCUCUAGUGAUCUAUGUCGGCCAAUCCCAAAGCAUCGCAUGUUCUGGUGCUUCUCAGCUUUGCCAGAGGCAGGCUGCCCUGUUCAUCGGGGAAUAUGUGCUGUAAGAACCUCAUUUUGCCUUUUGGAGGCUGGUGCGGUGGGCCAUUUGGUGAAGGUUCUUGGGGAGCCAGAUCCUGGAGCAUGUGAAGCUUCCUUGGAUGCUCUACUUACUUUGGUUGAAGGUGAUAGGCUACAAGGUGGUAGUAAGGUGCUGGAUGAAGAGAGAGCCAUACCCUCUAUGAUAAAAUUACUGGGGAGUUCUUCUCCCAGAUUGCAAGAAAAAAUUCUCACUUCUUUGGAAAAGAUUUUUCAAGUACUGGAGAUCAAACAGAAGUAUGGGCCCUCAGUUCAGAUGUCUUUAGUUGAUUUGACACAAAGGGGGAGUACCCAAAUAAGGCCUUUGGCAGCCAGGAUACUAGCUCAACUGAAUGUGCUACACGAACUGCCCUCUUAUUUCUAGCAGGAGCAUAACCUACUUAUCCUGAUGAGUACAAAAGGUUUAGGAAAUCAAUCAUCCCUAGCAAAUUGCUUCAUAACCAGGCAGAGGUUUCUGAAGUUGGUAGCAGGUCAGGCCACCACUCGUCAUCUCUAGAUAAAGAUGGUCUUUUAUUCAUUUAGCAAUAAGCGAGAGCAGCCAUGGUUUGUUACGUUGGUUACCACCAUUUAAUCAGGCACAGAGAGUUGACGGGCAUCUUAUGUUUGAUAGUUUAGUGUAAGCUAAGGCGGCUUUUCAGUCGUGGAUGUAUGCCGGCUAUAUAUAACCGCUGACCUGAAUGUCUCUUUCAUGGCAUCACAAGAUAUGAGUUGGGUCUAGUUUAACAGCUACCUCUGCUUGUUCCGUGCUUGAAUUGUCAAUAGAGAAAGUUCCCAAAUUCCUGGAGUUCCCAAAUUCCUGGAGGCCUUGAAGGAGAUACUAGUAGUCAUUUGUCAAGCUGGGGACUUUGGAAAAUCUUGCCAACAUUCUUUUACAAUUGAUCAAGUGCGUACGUGAUUCUGUUGUAUGGUGUAUAGGUAACCAGUUAGUAGUUUAAAGAAUACACUUCCUUCUUGUAGAUUUUCGCAGAACCUGAUAAAAAGGAUACGUUUUAUACUA